GCAGAUUAUAUAUAUGGUUUUAGGUUGGUAGAGAUGAUGGCAUUCAUUUUCCAACUUAAAGCAGCACCAAUGUCUUCAGGCCUCAAUGUUCUCCUCUUCUUGAUCUGCAUUUUCUCCACUCAUUCCCUGAUUUCUAGCCAUCAAUUGCACCCACUAGAUGCCCUUUCUACAUCUGAGCUCACACAGGUCCAUACAAUACUGAAGAGCACAAUUUGCUCAACCAGCUGCCACAAUCUUAGCUACCAUUAUGUCGGCUUGGCUGAACCAGAUAAACCAAUUGUCCUAGCAUGGAUAGAUGACAAUGCAAAAGUCCCACGUCGCCAAGCCUUUGUUCUCGCACGAAUUAACCAACAAAACCACGAAAUCAUUGUUGACUUGACAGCUUCUGCAAUCAUCUCCAACAAGGUGCAUGAUGGGCAUGGCUACCCUUUGCUGACUCUCGAUGAGCAAACUGCUGCCAACAAAUUACCAUUUAGUUAUUCACCAUUUAUAAAAUCAAUUGAGAAGAGAGGGCUCAAGAAAGAAGAGGUUGUAUGCCAAAGUUACACAAUUGGAUGGUUUGGAGAUAAAAAGACUAAAAGAAUUAUCAGAGUUACGUGUUAUUAUUUGGAUGGCACAAUUAAUCUGUACAUGAGACCUAUAGAGGGUAUUACAGUCACUGUUGAUCUUGAUCAAAUGAAGAUUACGGGGUAUCAGGAUAGAGCGAUUGUUCCAGUACCAAAAGCUGAUGGGACAGAUUACAGAGAAGUGAAGCAGAAGCAGCCUGUUAGUUCACCUAUAAAACCAAUAACAAUGUUGCAGCCACAUGGUCCAAGUUUUACCAUUGAUGGACAUAUUGUUAGAUGGGCCGACUGGAAAUUCCAUCUAGCUUUUGACAUGCGAGUAGGUCCAAUUAUAUCACUGGCUUCAGUACGUGACCAUGAUAAAGAUGCAUAUCGUGAUGUGCUGUAUAGAGGGUUCGUCUCAGAGCUCUUUGUGCCAUAUAUGGACAUUACUGAAGAAUGGUACUAUAGGACAUAUUUUGAUGCCGGUGAAUUUGGGUUUGGUCUAUGUGCAACAUCACUUUUUCCAUCCAAAGACUGUCCUGAAAAUGCAGCAUUCCUUGAUGGCUACUACAUUUCACAGAAUGGAACUCCCACAAAAAUUCAUAACGUAAUCUGUGUUUUUGAACGUUAUGGUGGAGAUGUACUAUGGCGCCAUACUGAAACUGCCAUUCCAGGCAAAGUGUAUACAGAGGUUAGACCUGAUGUGAGCUUGGUGGUGAGAAUGGUGUCAAUUAUAGGCAACUAUGACUACAUUGUUGACUGGGAAUUCAGGCAAGCUGGCUCAAUUAAAGUCAAUAUUGGAUUGUCAGGAUUGCUGGAGAUAAAAGCAUCAACAUACAUCCACAAGGACCAGAUAAGGGACGAAGUUUAUGGCACAUUAGUAUCACAAAAUACUGUUGGAACUUAUCACGAUCAUUUCCUGAAUUUCCAUCUUGACCUAGAUGUGGAUGGUUAUGAUAAUUCGUUUAUCAAGACAAAGUUGCAAACAAGACGUGUGAUGGACAAGAAGUCUCCUAGGAGGAGUUACUGGACAGCAGUUAGUGAAACUGCUAAAACUGAGUCUGAUGCAAGGAUUAAUCUGGGCUCAGGUGCAGCAGAGCUGUUAGUAGUGAAUCCUAACAAGAAAACUAAGAUGGGGAACUACGUGGGAUACCGUUUGCUUCCUGGGUCAUUUGUACAUAAUCUAUUGUCAAAUGAUGAUUACCCAAGCAUUCGUGCUGGUUUCGCAAAGUACAACGUCUGGGUAACACCAUACAAUAAAUCUGAGAAAUGGGCAGGAGGAACAUUCGUUGAUCAGAGCCAAGGAGAUGACAACUUAGCUGUAUGGAGCCUCAGGAAUAGAGAAAUUGAGAACAAGGACAUUGUACUGUGGUAUACACUAGGCCUUCACCAUGUCCCAAUCCAGGAAGACUUUCCAAUCAUGCCCACUGUCAACAACGGGUUUGAGCUCAGGCCUGCAAAUUUCUUUGAGCAUAAUCCAGUACUUAAAGUGAAAUCGCUUGGAAAAGUUGAGCAGCUUAAAUGCAGCAAAGAAUGCCAACAUGGUUUUAACUGUACAAAUUGAGCUCAGCCCAUGAUCUAGUAGUUUCUCUCAUAUUUGCUUAAUUCAGCAUUGAACUGGAGCUGUUUAAUCAUGUCUUUCAUUAUGGAAUAUGGCAAUAAAGUCCAGCUGUAACUGGAAAUUUGGGACUCUCCUUGUA